AUGAGUCUAUUGAAGAUCCCCUUCCUCGUGGCUUCGGCCAUUGGUAUGCAUAUCUCGUUCACUUCUCCCUCUCUACCCCCGUCACCUCAAGAGAAGAUGGUGCCAUCGGCGUCCGAAUCAUUCAUUCAAAGCAUGGGUCUAGAUUGUUGGCUUCCAGACUUGCUCAAGAUUAUCGCAUGGGCAGCAUCAUCUAUUGAAGUGGCUAACAUACUGGCCAUGCAUAUGGGUCCCUCGCAAAUUCCAGAUGGUGUCUAUGGCGCUAGCGCUCUGCAGUUUUUGCGCGCACUUCACACCACGCCAAUCACUCCCGCUUUCCUUGUUGGCAGUCUUUCUGUCACGGUUGGCGGCAUAUCCAGGCGUUAUUGUAUGUUGACCUUGGGAAAGUUCUGGAGCUUCCCGCUUAGCGUCAGAAAAGAGCAUAGAAUCGUGACAAGCGGGCCCUACUCUAUCGUCCGCCACCCAAGCUACACUAGCUACCUUGCACAAUACGUCGGGAUUGUCAUUACGCACGGGAGCGAAUGGUCGUGGAUGAGGCAGUCUGGAAUUCUACAACUGCCUUACAUGAAAGUAUCAGUAGCGAUUGUCUUCCUCGUUUUUACGGCAUGCAUUCCGAUCGGCAUCAACCGAUCUUCAGUGGAGGACAAGAUGCUGCAGCGUGCUCUGGGAGAGGAUUGGGAGAAUUGGGCUAAGAAAGUGAAAUAUAAAUUGAUUCCUGGGAUUUAUUGA